AGUGUACCCCGCCCCUGCCCAUCUCUGUACCCCAGUAUGACCCGCCCUCCCCACCACUGUACCUCAGUGUGCCCCGCCCCUGCCCCACCUUGGCACCCCAGUGUACCCCCUCCUGCUGACCGCUGUAACCCCAUCUGCUCUCCCCUGACCAGCGCACCCCCAGGCCCCCUCCCAGUCUCCCUGGGUGUCCUGCCCCCUCCCCCCUCGGAUCCCUCUGGGCCGGGGUGCGGUUCUGCCACGUGGAGGUGAGGUCACAGGGGCUGAGGCGGCGGCGGGGACCCUCAGUCCUACCCGCGGGGCCGGAGCCUGAGCAGAGGCGGGGGUCCCGGGGAGCCUGCGGGGGGCAGUGGGGCUCGGCCCAGGGACCCAUGAGGAUCAGGUGGCGGCAGGAGCUGAGGCCCCGGGACCCGUGGGUCCGCUGUGGAGUGUCAGCGCCUGAGGCUGGGCCACGGGGACAGGGAGCCCCGGAGCCUGGGAGCCUGACCUCCGUCUGCGGGGAGCCCCGUCCUGACCUCCAUCUGCCGGGGGCGGGGAGCCCCGGAGCCUGACCUCGGUCUGCGGGGAGCCCCGUCCUGACCUCCAUCUGCCGGGGGCGGGGAGCCCCGGAGCCUGACCUCGGUCUGCGGGGAGCCCCGUCCUGACCUCCAUCUGCGGGGAGCCCCGGAGCCUGACCUCUGUCUGCGGGGAGCCCCGGAGCCUGACCUCCGCCUGCGGGGAGCCCCGGGGACCUGCCACCGGCUGCCGGCGCUCAUGAGCAUGAGCCUGAGCAUGAGCGGGAAGCAUCUGCUGGGGGGCGCCCCCCAGAAGCCGGGACCCCCGCUGCCCCCUGAGCGCCUGCCCAGUUGGCCUGACGCCCGGAGCCAGCCCAGCGCGCAGAGCGGCCGCCAGCAGGUGCUGGAGACUCAGGACUGGGUGAGCGAACCCCUGGAGAGCAAGCGCCCCUCCCGCCACUGGAGCCUCAGCAUCGAGGAGCGCAGGCAGCGGGCCCUGCAGGACGCCAGGCAGAGCCGCCCCGGCUCCCACGGCCAGGACAUCCUGCAGAUCGUGGCACGACUGGUGUCUGAGGACGUGGACAAGGAUGUGCUCAUCUUCCACCCUCCCCGGUCGACCGAGUCCACCCACGCCUUCCACGCCUUCCUGACCCGCAGCUCGCCUUUCUGGCACAACAUGACCUCGGCCUGGGCCUCCGGGUGCCCGCCCUCCUGAGCCCACCAGGCCUUUCGGGGGCCCUCCACACCCCAGGGGCCCGGGCCAGCCCUGCACGCCCCCCCCACCUGCGUGCCCUGCCUACUGCUGGGCUCGCUGGUUCUCUCUGGUUCCCCUGAAAUUAAAUAAUUAAAUGUGU